GACAGAGUGAAGGCUCCUCCUCUGCCGAGCUAAUGAAAGUCACUUCAGACUCGCCGUCCCAACAUGCUCGGUGUGUGAAGGCGGAACGGAACCGUGACGAAGACACGCUUCACAAGUCUAAAAACAAAGACUUAAUGUUUUUGGAGUGGACUCUUUAUUUUCUGACAGCGUACCUGAGGAAAAACUACACACAUCUCAUGCCGACGAUGAAAAUAUGGCAAACUCCUUGCCAUGUGCAGGGAGUCUUGUAAGAAGCAAAUCUGAGGGGACACUGAUUGAUCUGGAUGAAAAUGCUUUGAAUGGUGAAGAUCGCAAUGAUGGAAAUCUGCCUCAAACAAGAAAGAGCUCUGACAAGUCAAGACAAAAUCCCUUUUGGAACAAACUGUCUGGGUCAAAUCCUUUCUUAGAUGACAUUGUACACAACAACUCAGAUAAGCUUAUUUCCAACACAUGCGGCACAUUCCCAGGGACUAUAAACCCCCUGCACACAGAAAAUGGGGACAUUAUUAGCACAUCCUCCGAUGAGGGCAACGUGGGAAACUUUCUGGAAAAGUCAAACAAAGCUAACAACAGAUCUGGGAGAUGGAAGAGUGCCACAGACAUUCUGGAUGGACAUUUUGAGAGCAAGGCAGCAAAGAGGGGGGACAUUUUCAAACCGCCACAGCCUGUUCUAAGUCCUGAUUUUGAGUGGCUAAAAAAUGAUCGAGAAGCCUAUAAAAUGGCUUGGCUUAGCCACCGGCAGUUAACUCGCUCAUGCCUGGACCUAAAUCUGAUAAGUCAGAGUCCUGGAUGGGCUCAGACUCAGGCAUCAAACUUUCAGGUCAUCUGCAAGAUCGGCCAUGACGGAGGCACAGUGCAACUGCCAGACUCUGAAAUAAGUAUCUAUGUCCCAGAGGGCCACGUGCCUCCUGGUGAAGUGCAGGAAGUGACACUGAAGGCAAUGCUUGACCCUCCUCCUGGACUCAACAACAACUACAUGACCACGAUGAGUCCACUUCUGGAAGUAGUACUCAGCAACAUCAACACAAAGGGUUCGAUCUCCCUGAAAAUGAAGCUGUCCGGAGAAGUGCGGAACGACCCGUUGAGUCAGGUCCUCACCACGCUGGUCGGACUCUUGUCUUACAAACGAGAAGGACCCUAUAUUAGAGUGGACGACUAUGACGUUUUCAAGAACACCAUGCAGAUGAAGCUGCAGCAGCUGAAGACACAUUUUUACGUGAUAGCAAUUGCAGAGGCUUCAGCCAUUCAGUCCCCGGCAGCGUCAGUCUGGGAUUACCUUCACCGCCAAAUUACAGUUGCUGUUUAUGGCCCCAGGUACAUCCAUCCAUCUUUUAAGGUUGUAAUAGUUGUGUGCUGUCACGAGGAAGUACCACCAAAGCUUCCUUUCUCAGAUAUUUGCCGAGGAAACAAACAACUGCCUCCGCUCGUGCUGCAACUCUGGGGUGCACAUCGCCUUAGGACUGACAACUUGCAUGACCUGUUUGUCACCACGAGUAUCAAGGACUCCGUGUUUAAAAUAAGAGUUGAGGACAAGGUGAAAGAAGUGAGGCAGAGCCGGCUGAAAAUAGGGACAGUGCUGUAUUUACCGGUGGCCUUAUCUUAUGCUAGCAGCAAAGACAUAAGUCCUUUUCAGUUAGACCUGCAAGUAACCGAAGCAAACUCUACAACCGCUGCAUGUUUCCAGGUCCCUUCACCACCUGCAGCACCAAUUCGAUGUGAAAAACGCAUGCCAAAUCAGACAAGUGAAAAAGCUGUCGAGAUGCAGAGAUCCUCUAUUCCUGAGGAUCGGUUGCCGGAAUCGCCCAUAUUCAAAGAUGGACCUGUGACCUUAAAAUGGUAUGGCGUAGCCCUAAAGUCAGUUCUCCGUCAGUCACGUGUGGAGUAUCUACUGGAGUACUUCAAGGGAGACACAGUGGCUCUACUAUCCAAAGCAACGGUUAGGUCAGUGGGGAAUUUAAAGGGAAAAGAGUGGUACAUUGGAUUCCUCAGGGGCAGAAUUGGUUUGGUACACUGCAAAAAUAUCAAGCUCAUUACGGCAGAUCAGGUGAUUGACUUUACCGGCAUUCGACUGACCACCGAGGUGCUCCUGGACAACAUGACGCUGCCCUUCAAGAAGCUUACAUACAUGUACUCGGACAUCCAGACACUAGUCACAGAGCACAUAACAAACUGGAGAAGUUUUGCAGAUGCGUUGGGGUAUUACAAUCUGUCAGUGGACAACAUCAUGCGCAGAGUUGCUGAAACAGAGGCUGAUAAGGUGGCCUGUGUGCUGGAAAAGCUGAAGGAAGACUGCCACGCUGAGAAUAGUGAGAAGAAAUUCCUUCACGAACUCAUGGAUGGUCUUUUAAGGAUGCACAGCAUCAAUCUUGUGGCCCGGCUGAUUCAGAAUACUGUUAUCCUGUCCACCGCUGUGGAGCUAGGGAUUCGAUGGAGAGAGCUCGCCGACAAAAUGGGAAAGCUGACCAGUGCUCAGAUUGCAGCCUACGAGGCACCGCACAGAGGAAAAAAUGGGGAAGUUGGGCCUCAGUUGAUGUGGAAACCUGCUUACGACUUCCUGUUCUCCUGGAGUCAACGUUAUGGAAACAAUUACAGAGAUAUGAUUCAAGACCUCCACCUGGUCCUAGAUAAGAUGAGGAACCCUGCCACCAGACAGUGGAGACAGCUGACCGGUGCCCUCAUUACAGUCAACUGCCUCGAGCUCUAUCGGGCCUCUGCAUACCCGAAGACCUAAGCACUUUGUAAUCGAUGCGUGCUAAUGUUUAUUUAUCGUAUAUCUUGGACUUUAAACUGCAACUGUGAUCAGCCUGUUUUGAAAAACAGAUGAGAAAAAAAACAUAAUAAAGGCCAGUUUCUUCAUUAGCACAUUGUUUUUCAACAAAUAAGAUGAUACAUUACAGUAAAAUUCACUUUGGAAUUUUUUUUUAGCACUGAAACUGUGAUUUACUGUAUUUUCUUUUUUUUUUUACAUACAGUAAGAUGUCAACGUUCAUCAAAUAAUUAUGGUUACAAAAUGUUGUAUUUAACGGUACUUUUUUUUUUUACGACUUUGCGCUUCUAGGCUUCAUUUUGAAUAGGUUAUGUCUCUGUUUUCGAUAUUUGCUGCAGAGUUGAGAGACGUGCAUUCAUCUGUAUAAUGUAUAUGCAUUUCCUGAAUGCUCUCCCAAAGUGAAAAUGACCAUGUACUUGAUAUUUUUUAAUUGUACCAUUGCACCAUUCCUUCCAAUACACAUUUUUAAUUGG